UCAAGCUAAAGUACUUUUUAACUCUGUUUCCUUAACAUAUCUAGCUUAGUUGAACAUUGGAAUUCAAACUCUUUGGACAUAAAUUCAAAUUUUAUUUUUAUUUUUCCGUGCUAAGCAACUACCGACAAAGCAGAUCACCAUGUGCAGCUUUCCUUGCUAUCCUUGCGCCGCUUUGUGUCCCUGCGGAGGUAGUGGACCAAGUGGAUUCUACGAUCCUUGUUUUGGUCCCUACAACGGUCCUUUUAACUCUUGGUGUGGGGCAAGCGGUCCUGGCUUCUGGCGGGGUGGUUGCUGCUAAUUUUUGUCGUGGGUUGCAAGACCAAAAAGAAGCUUUAGCAACUUUAGUUGCUUGCAAAAAAUCGGAAACGUUAAACGUAAACUCGUCAUAUUUUUACAAACCCUACUCUUAAUAUGAAUUUCCAGUCGAAUCUCUUGCAAUGGCUUAAAACGGAAAAAUAAAAACUGUCGAGGACGAA